CAUGCUCAGUGCUGUUCGGCCCGGUCCUUUGAUUUUUCCUGGGCUGCCGCGGCGACCCGGGACUGGAGCGGGGAUGGGGAGUGAAGCUCCAGCCACCGUGGCGGCAGCAACGGCGGCGACGCCGUGAGGAGCAGCCAGGGGGAGGCAGCUGCCGCUCGUCGGUGAGUAUCUGGGAAGCGCCACCAUGACGUUUCGUAAGAAGGGCACCAAGAACCCCCCGGUCCUGAGCCAGGAAUUCCUUCUGCAGAAUCAUGCGGACCUUGUCGCCUGUGUGGGGAUGUUCUUCGUGCUGGGGCUCAUGUUCGAGGGAACAGCAGAAGUGUCUAUCGUUUUUAUUACUCUCCAGCACGGCGUUACCUUCCCUGCAGCAGAAGCAGAACGAGCCACAGGAUCCAAGUUGCUUUAUUAUUAUGGUAUCAAAGAUUUGGCCACGGUGUUCUUCUACAUGCUGGUGGCAAUCAUCAUUCAUGCCACCAUUCAGGAGUAUGUGUUGGAUAGAAUUAACAGGCGAAUGCAACUCCCCAAACCAAAACAAAGCAAAUUUAAUGAAUCGGGUCAGUUCAGUGUAUUCUUUCUUGUCUCCUCUAUUUGGGGCACAUUCAUUCUAGUCUCUGAAAACUGCCUGGCAGACCUCUCUCUGUUAUGGAGGGCUCAUACCCAUAACAUGAUGACAUUUCAGAUGAAGUUCUUCUACAUCUCACAAUUGGCUUACUGGUUUCACGCCUUUCCUGAACUCUACUUCCAGAGAAUCAGACAACAGGAUCUCCCCCAUCAAGUUGUCUACGUUGGUCUCCACCUUUUUCACAUUGCUGGGGCUUAUCUCUUGUACUUGAAUCACCUAGGACUUGUCCUUUUGAUGAUGCAUUAUUUUGUUGAAUUCCUUUCUCAUGUUUGCGACCUGUUUAACUUUGGUGAUGAAAAAUACCAGAAAGAGUUUUCUCUGUGGGCCAUUGUGUUUAUUUUGGGUCGGCUUGCGACUUUAAUUGUUUCUCUCAUCACAGUUGGUUUCCACCUGGCUGAAGGACAGAAUCAGAAUCCUGAUGCCACUACUGAAAACGUGAACGUGUUGGCAGCAAAAAUUGCUGUUUUGUCAUCCAGUUGCACCAUCCAAGCAUACAUAACAUGGAAUUUAUUUAAUGCCCAGCUUCAGUGGUGGAUGGAAGAAGACAUUCCUCUUCAGGCCCCAAGUGUGAAGAAGAAGCAACGGACUAAAUGCAAGUCUUCUAGAAAAGGAACAGAAAAUGGAGUGGCAACUUCAGAUAGAGUAGACUCUCCCCAUAAGAGAAAGAAAAAUCUUCAUGAUGAAUUUCAAGUUAAUUGAUUAAUGUCUCCAAAGAAGUCUACUCUUUCCUGUAACUUUCUUCGCUGAAGACUUUUCUGUUCUUGAAACUAGUUUGUGCAGGUUUUGAUUUUUGCUAUAGUACUGUGUAAUGUAUUUUUUUACAGACAUUUGAAGGAAGGAUGAUUAUUUUGAAUGGAAAAAAUGGCUUAGAAUAAGCUACUCAUCCUCAAAAUGGUUUAGGGAUCGCCACAAUAUUUUUUUUCAACUUUAAUAUUUUCUUAGUGAUUUCCAUGUGUCAGUGACACUGUUCUUGCUCCACCAAUCUUUUAUAACAUUAAGAUGGUAUGUUAUAGCAAUGACGUAUUUUUAAUGUUCUCUUUCAGGAUAAAAUAAAAAUAUUAUAAAGGUAGAAAUUAACUUCAUUAAGUUUUUGGUAUUCUCUAUCUUAGAAUUUUUAAUGAAUUUACAACUGGAGAACAGAUUUGUAAAACCACCAAAAUAAUGAUGUGUUUUAUAGUUAGUGGUUGUUAGUGUUACAUCCCAUUAAAAAGCCAAGAUACUAAUGGUUAACAUAUGUGGAGACCUGUUGCCCUAUAUCAAUCAAAAUAUCUUGAAUUAGUAUAAAAUUAUUACUAAGAAGUAAAACACUGCUUGUCCAUUUUAAACGCUUGUAAACUGGAAAUCAGAAAAUUAAAUACUGUAAAAAGGAAAUCAGACUUAAAUAGCUUUUUUUGAUAUGUGUAUUAAAAAUUAUUCUUAAUGAGGUUUGUUAUAAAUUUGGUAUCCAUAGCAAUUUAGAAGAAUAUUGUUUAACCUGUAAAUCAUUUUGAAAAAAUAAUACUUAUUUAUAUCUAUGAAAAAUGUCAGCUAAUUACAGGUGGAAAACAGUUAAUGCACUAAUGUUAAAUAAUUUGAAAAUCAUAUUCUUAUGAAAGGCUUUUCAAAGUAAUGUUAUAAUUAUAGCUUUGCUUCCAUCCUUCAUUGGGAAACAUAUUUUGGAGAUACAUACAUAUAUAUACAUAUGUGUAUAUAUACCUUGUAUCUUCACAGAAGUCAAUAGAAACAAUGAACUGUAGUGAGUGAGUACUUAUGUCUUCUCUCAGCCUUCAGUUUGAUUUUAUUUCCAUAGUGUGAGUGCUUAUAUUUUUUUUUUCAGGAGAAAAUGCUUUAAAAUGUCUAGGAUAAGGCCAUGUGUUUCUUGUUCCUCUCUAUUUUCUCCUACUGUGUCUCUCAUCUCUCUGCUUUUGCUACCCUUUUAUUUGUUGUAAGUAAUUCAACUUUUCCUAUCAUGGGGGUCCCUGCAGAUUAAACUUAGUAUAGGUAUAUUGUACACCAAAUAUGGAAAUGCCACCCUUGGUAAGAAUUAUUUUCUAUUCUUUCUAUUUUGAGAGGUUUAUAGCAAAGCAAGAUUAUUUCUGUUUUGUCUACAGAAUCCAUCAUCCUACUUUUUUUUUUCCUCAAUUGCCUAAUACUGUAGUUUUGGUAGCACAUCUUCUAGGUCAAAGUACAAUGACUCCACUUUAACCAACCACUGUGAAAUUAUAAAACAAAGAUUUUCAACUUCUUAUAAGAAGGUGGUGGUCUUUCUCGCUUCUCUCACAUUUAAAGAAUUCUCCCCAUCACUUGUAACCCCACUCCUCCUGGUAACAGGUUUCUUAUCCAUUAUAUGUGUAAUUCAUGUGCCAGUAAGUGCAGACUUGAUUCAAAUGAUUGUAGGAGAAGCAUUUCCUCACAUGAUUGACAUGCUAAAAGUUAAGUUGGGAUUGACAUUAAAUAUGGUUAGGGUCCAGGUCAGUUUCCCUGAGAUUGUCUGGGCUCUGCUCCUCUCAGGUUGACUGUCCACUUGACAGCAAAUGACUACAGCUGUCAAAGGUUUCCUUCUGUGUGCUGCAUAUGUGGUUGAGAGGACAAGAGGAAACCUGAUUUCUAGAAAUUCCCAGAACACUGAGAAUUAGGUUUAGUUUAGUGAACUUACAUGAUAUAAGCGUGUACUGGGCCGAUUAGUUAAAUCAGAUUAGAUGCUGCACGUGUGCAAAAAGGUAAAGCCCCUUAUAUGAAUUCACAGAAAUGAGCAAGGCAGUUAAGGAAAAAAGGAGAAGGAUGCUGGGUACAUCUCAACUAUUCAUAAGAGUUCAAUAACUGUUUCCAGAAAACUAAUGUAUGCCAUGUAAAUUAUGAAAGCAAUACUACAAAUGAAAUUCAGCACAAAUUGCUGGGUCUCUCCUUUUUAAAAAUUACAUUCUGAAAACACAUGCUAUAAUAAAUCUGUGUGAUAAUUUGAUUUCUGUGUAAAUCAUUGUUCAGGGUAUUAUUAAAGCAGAUAUUGGUUAACUCCGUGAGGGUCAAAUAACCAGUUAAUCACCAAAUGUUGCAGAAAUGGUAAAGAUAUGUCUGAUAUUUGAAUUUGAAGAUUCUGCUCUGAUUUAUUGGCUUCAAUGUUUCCAAGCUUUAUUCUUUAAAUAAGUCUACAGGUAUAGAUUUUCUGGGAUGGAUUUAGAGUGGGCUUUCUUCAAAAAUUGUUCUGCUAGCAUUUUAAAGUGUGUCUCAUUUUUUCUUAACAAAUAGUAGAAAUGUGUUAGUAAACCUACAUAUCUUGUAAGAACAGCUAGUUAUUUUCCUAUCGAUGGUAUUGUCCUUGAUUUCAUUUCAAUAAGAAACAACAACCUGUAGAUAUUUCUUCAUUUAUCUCUCUCAUCACUAUUUAACUAUCAGUAGAGGAAAUACACUGUAUUAACUCUGAAUAAAUUCAAGAAGGUUGGAGUUACAAUAUUAAUAUUUUAAAGCUUUCUUGAUGAUAUAAAACUAUUCUGAUAUCCUUUUAAUUUGUAAAAACAUGAGUAAAGUUUUAAGUUCUCAAUCAGGCUAAAUGGGAAUAAUUUAUAUAGAGUAAUAAAAGACUUAUUACCAAUGCAUUACAUGAGAAAUGACAUAUUGGAGCAUUCCCUGAGAUGAAAUUCUUGGUGGGAAAGCAUCCUUGAGACUGUGGCAUGAGGAGUGGGCUAAAAUUUGCCUACUUGAUUUAUGACAGAGAAUGCAUUCCAUUGGGAGCACACACCAUUGUAAUUUCCCUGGCUAAAAGAAGGAUAGUAAAUGGAAGUAAUUGAGACUUGAUAACAGAUUAGAUUACCAGAAAAUUCACAAAUGCUUCCACUUCCUGAAUUUUCUGUAAAUAGAAGAUUUUUUUUACUGCUAUCUUUCAAUCAGAUCUACAUCCUGUGAAAAACAUCCACACUGAAUAAGCAAGCAGUCUCUGCCAAUUCCUCUCAAUUAUGAAGAAAAUUUACCAUAAAUCCAUCAUUCAAAAAAAAAAUCCUACAUUUCUAGAUAGUAAAUUAGAAAUUUUCUCUUGAUUAUACAGUCAUAUGACUGUCUAAAUGUUGGCAUCGAAAGCCCAGUAAGCAAAUCUUUUUAGGCCUGUACCACCUCUGGCCCUUUGAAGUAUUCAAUAAAUGCAGAAUAAGUCAGACCUUGGAAAGCUGCCUCUGAGGUGAUCCACCUGCUUUGUUCCAUUGUAUUUGCAGAUACUGCAUUGUGUUAGCUAUUGUUGUUCAUUGUACAGUUUGAAAUAUGCAUUUAUGUAUAAAGUGACCGUUUCAAGGGAUACUUCCAAAACUUAGGAAAUGAUAGUGGGAUGUGGCAUGUAGUUAAAGGUUUGCUUGACUUUAAAAAUGAACAGAGUUAACUUCACAGCAAUAAUGUAUCCAUCUCCUAUCUGAUACAAAAGUGAUUAGAGUUGCUGUUAAGUGAUUUAGCUCCUCAAUAAUUCAGGCAAAAUAUCUGUGAAUUCACUAAAUUAAAAGUGAAAAAAUUCUUGAUCUCCAUACCUACAGCACCAUUUACCAAAUCAUAUCAGGUCAGUAAACAGAAACUCCUGGCUUGAGGAAAAUUUGACAAAAAGAACAUAUCCUCAUGCUCCUUUGGGAUUUCUCCUAAGCCAUCACAUACUGAAAAGCAUUUAUAUCCUAAAUUAUAUCUGAUAUUUUUCCUCUUGCUGCCUAUAUUGCCUAAUUAUUUUUUAAAAAGCUGUUCCUCAAAUGCAAAGUUACCAAAAUAUAUAAUUUGUAAACUUUAAUACUUUGGUUUUUAAAUAGAUGUUUCUAGUUGUAUUGUUAUAAAUUCAGCUGAGGAAGGUAAUAAAUGAUUAUAAAUAACAGCUAACCAAAGAAGUCAGGAUAAGCCCUUGUUGUGGCCCUUAAAGCUGUGUGAGCUUUGGAAGACCCACGAAUAUUCUCUGGAUUGUGUGUCACUAAAUUGGCAAAAGAUACUGAUAUAUAUAUUUCUAAAAGCUACUAUAAGUGUUAAAAUAUGCAUAUACAGUCAUAAAUAGUUUGUGUGGGUAUGUUUAUUGCUCUUGGUAAGGGAUGUGACUUAACAAGAUAGCACUUAUUCAUGUGUUGUCUCUAAGUGUACUUUUAUAUUUAUAUAUGUAUACAGUCUCAUUUAACACGUGUGUUUAUGCAGACAUAGGUAUGCACAUAUGCAUACACUUAGAUUUUCUCCUAUACAUUUACUUAUUUAUUUCUCAACAGAGUAGUUUUAGAGCAGUUUUAGGAUCCAAGAAAAACUUAGAAAAAAAUCACAGAGUUCCCAUACAACCUCUGAUAUCCACCCCCACCUCCUGACACACAUAUAUGUAGCUUUCCCCACUAUUAACGUGCUGCAUCACAGUGGUACAUUUGUUACAAUCAAUGAAACUACAUUGACACAUCAUAGUAACCUGAAGGUCCAUAGUUUAUAUUAGGCUUUACUCUUGGUGUCGUACAUACUGUCAGUUUCAACAAACAUCUAAUGACCAUUAUCAAAGAAAAUAAUUUCUUUGUCUAAAAAUCUCUUAUGCUCCACCUAUUCAGUCCUCCCUCCCCUACAUAUUUUUAAGUACUAUAUAAAUGUAUGGCAUUGAGUUUUCCCUCAUGUCUGGGUAGGAGGCAAUAGAAAUCAAGUAUAACCAACUCAAAUGUAUGAAUUAUUUUUGAUUAAUUAAUGCACAUUACAAAUAAAUGAAUGUACUUUACAUCAAAAUUAUCUUAUGAGUAAAUGCUUACUUAUUAAUGAGCUAACUAAACCCAUAGUAACUAUCAACUGUUUUUUACAUAAAUGUCAAAAAAUUCAAGUGAUAUUUUAUAAACUCUUGACAUAUAUUCUGAAUAUAGGUCCUUAUACUUGAAACAUAUGAAUCAUUGGUCUAGGUAAAUUAUAAUAAGAAUAAAUAUUAAGUUCUUAUAUUCAAAAUUCAAUGUAAGACUAAGUAAAUGAACUAACUAUUUAUUUUGGAAAAUCAAAGAGUAUCAACAAAUGUUUCAGUAGUUAUCAUUACUAGACAACAAAUUCCAUGGUACCAGGUAAUAUACAUUUUCAUCCUUGCUUUCUCAUUAACACAGUGUCUCAUAGUUAAGCAGCUAUUCAGAAUUUGUUGAACUCCAUUAAAUAACCUUUUAUUAUUAAAUAAGUGAACAAACUUAGUAGAGCUUUUCUUUGCUAUCUGUUCAAAUAUUGACUUCCUCUCCUUUUUACACCCUCUUCCAGUUUGAAGUAUUAAUUAUUUAUUGCCCAUCUCCUGUAUCACUUUGAGGUCUCUAGUCAUGCCUCUUUAAAUCACUAAGGUAACUUUAGUAUCCAGCAGAUCUUUAGUAUAGAGGAAGUAUGCAACAAAAAUGUGUUUUCUGACUAUCAAUAAGCUUAAUGAUUUGGGAAAAAGUUGCACUGCUUAGUCUUGUAGCAUCCGAACAGAUGGAAAUCAAGCUGCAGAAUAAGAGCCAGCAAAGGAGACUCACUGAUGGCUGAUGUUGGAAUAGAAAAACCAAAAGGUCAAGGUUACAGUGCAUCACAGAACCCAAACUUUGAGUGAUGGCUGGCGAGGCGGGCAAAAACAAGGGUAAACAGUAUUAUAUGUCCCAAAAGAAAAGGGUAUUGGCAGAAUUAAGGUAUCGGUUGCAUCCAAUACUAUUGAAAGUUCAAGUUCCUUAAGAUUAGCAGUAAAAAAAAGCCUGGACAUGGCAACAUGUAGGUCACUGGAGACAGGGGCGAGAUCAAUUUCAGUGGAAUUAUGGGAAUGAACGCCUAUUGGGUUGGAGUGAGGAUAGAAAGGAAGGUGAGAAUGUGCGACAUGAUAUUACAAAUACUUUCUCAACAAAUGUCUCUUUGAAGUAGAACACAGAAAUGGAACACAUUCUUGUAUGCAAUAAACAAAGAGUGAUGUGGUGUCAGAAAGGAUUGGUUUUGCUAUUGUUACUUUUAGGAUGAGAGACGUUAUAGAAGAGUUGUAUGUCUGCAGACUGAAAAAGACGAGAUGACAGAGAGAACAAGGAUAACAACUGUAAGAGGAAGGCCAGAUAACAUGAAUCCACUGAAUAAAUGUAUGUACAUUGUGGAUUCCUGAUUUGAAAAGAGAGUUUUAAAUAAGUCUCCAGUUCACAUAUUUUUAGAUAACCUUUGGAACAUCUGCAUACGAUAGAUACAUAUAGGGAGAUUGUAGAUAUAAAAUAUAAAUAUGUGUUUAUAUAUAUCUUAACCUUUAUCUAUAUUCUAUAUCAUUAUAGUAUGUUUAAUUAUACUUAGAUUUAUCAUUGCUACAAUUAAAAUCUGAGUAGCAGUAAUAGUAUAAAAUAUUUGAAAGAAUGGCAUUAUUUGAUCCUUAUACUUUUACCUACCAUAUGCUGUUUUAACUUAAGGCAAGCAAUUUUUUUCUCUCAGAAAAUAAAAAUAAAAUCUA